AGAAUUUUUUAUUAUUCAUUAUAUUUUAUAUUAUUUUAUUCAUUAGAACCAUGUUUAAUUGCCAAGUUUGUGAUGCUAAAUAUAUAUCAGUGUCUGGUUUAAAUAAGCAUUUAAGAACGAAACAUAAAGAUACUGCGAAAAUUAAAAAUGUUUAUUAUUGUAAUGACUGCGAUGCAUCAUUUGAUUUGAAGUCCAAUAUAAUAAAACAUACAAAGGCUCAUUUAUAUGGUCAGCAUAGUAAUAUGUUAUGCUCAUAUACAAAUUGCACAAAAUCAUUUCCAUCUAUAAAAGGAUUAAUUGUACAUUUAAAAUCUCAUAACAUAAAUAUUGAGCUAACAAUGUUAAAUUUUAACGCUAUAGAAGGUAUAGUAAUACAUUAUAUAUCCGUUAACAAUUAUUAUUACUAACUUAUUGUUUUUUAUGUACUCAGUGAUUUAGGUUAAAGUAUUUGUUUUUACUUUUGAUGUUUCUGUAGACAUGUAUGUAUUAUUAUUACAACAUUUUUCAUUCCCUACUUGGAAGUAUUGUUCCUCAUAAAAUGUUUGUUCAGUUUUAAUAUUGUUGGCUGGUUAUGUUAUAGGUGAUUUUUAUUUGGUUAACAUUUGCUUUGAUUUGGCUGUAAUUGGUUUUUCAUCUAUAUUAUGACUCAGUUAUUAAAAGAAAAUUGAAGAUAAGUGGAGGAUGCAACCUUAAUUUGUUAAAACAUUUGUAGCAUAUUUAGAUUAUUAAUAAGUAUUUACAUUAUUUUAUUGAUGGCGAAAUGGCAAUUAUACUGUUACUGUGGACAUGUAUGUAUUAUUAUACAAUUCUUGAUUUACCAAGUUUGACAGCCACUACUGUAAAGUAUCGUUCCUUAUAAAAUGUUUGUUCAGUAUUAAUAUUGUUUAAAUGUUAUAGGUCAAAUAUUAACAUUUCUUGUGAUUUGGCUGAAAAUAUUAGUUUUUCAUUUGAUGUUAUUGUGGACAUAUUUUAACAAAUGGAAAAAAUAUAUAGAAGACGAAGAAGAGUGCCACUUUGUCAAGUUGUCAUCAAUAAAAACAAAUUUAAACAAAGAAAAUGUAUACUAUAUUUGCCACAGAUCAUUUGGACCAAGAACUUCAAACAAAGGACACAAAUGUACAAAAAGUGGUGGAUCUGUGAAAACUGGCCAUGUUUGCCCUUCUAACAUGAAAGUACACAUAGAAAAUAAACAAAUUAAUGUACAAUAUUAUAGUACACAUUUAUGGCAUACAAAGGAUAUAGGAAAACUAAGAUUGUUCAAUGAAGAUAAGAGUAAGAUUGCUGGAAAAUUAUCCUUGGGUGUUCCAGUCAAUAGAAUUUUGCAAGAUGUUCGAUCAUCAAACGUUUAGAUGGAUAGUAUUAAAAGAAUUCAUUUGCUAGAAAAAAAAGAUAUAUACAAUAUCAAGCGUGACUUUAAUAUUUCAUACUCGAAAAAAAACACCAAAAUGAUGCGAUAAGUGUAGAUCUUUGGGUAAAAGAAAUUAUGAAAAAAGGUGAUGAAAGUCCAAUUUUAUAUUAUAAGCAACAAGGAUUUAAUGAUAAUUGUGUUCCAUGCUUCACUAUGAAUGAUUUUUGUCUUGUAAUAAUGACUCAACUUCUGUCUGCGUUAUUAUUAAAAUUUGGAAAGGACAAAGUAUGUUUAGAUGGUACACAUGGACUAAAUGGGUAUAACUUCCAACUGUACACUGUAGUUGUAGUAGAUGAAUACGGAAAUGGAUAUCCCGUAGCCUUUUGUUUUUCCAAUCAAUCUGACACUACCGUAUACAGCCACUUUUUUCAGUGUAUCAAAAAUAUAACUGGUAAUAUUAAUGCAAACAUUUUUAUGUCUGAUGACGAACCGGCAUUUUACAACGCAUGGAAUGCUGUAAUGGGACCUGCAGGCAAACAGCUAUUGUGUACUUGGCAUGUAUUAAGAAACUGGGCAAAAAAUUUAAGAAAGAUUCACUUGAAUGAAAAACAAAAUAUUGUAUUCAAAACUUUAAAAGCUUUAUUAUACGAAACAGACGAAAACAAUUUUAUGAUUGAGCUGAAGAAAGUAUUAGAUGAUCUUCUAAAUGAUGAAGAUACAGCAGAUUUCGGAAAGUACUUCAAGACUACAUAUUCACAGAGAGCAGAAAAGUGGGCCUAUUUUAAUAGAAAACAUGUUGGUAUUAAUACUAACCUGUACCUUGAAGCACUUCAUAAAUCUAUAAAAUAUUGUUAUUUAGAAGGCAAAAGCUGCAAACGUUUAGAUUUAUCAAUUAAUGCCCUAAUGUCAUUGGUGAGAGACAAAAGUUUCGAAUGAAUUUCAAAACAAAAAAUGUCUUAUAAACUGAUACAAAUUAUGGCAGCUCACAAUAAAAGUACAAAAAUUACACCGGAUAUGGUUGUUGAAGUUAAUGGUAAUUGGUUGGUUAAUUCCGAGACGGACAUACAUAUUCAAUAUAGAGUCGAAAAAACAACAGUAUCAUGUGAUCGUCUAUUACGUUGUAAUGUCUGUAAAAUAUGUGUACACACUUAUAAAUGAACUUGCAUGAAUAAUGUUAUAUAUUUUAACAUUUGUAAACAUAUACAUGCAUGUGCUAAAUGACAGACUGCAACAGAUUCAGAAACAGUACAAAAUGAAAACCAUUCAUUGCCAUUACCAUGUGAUUUAGCUGUCGAUAAUGGAUUUUUACAAAAUCAAGAAAAAUUGAAGCAAAAUGAAAAUAUUAUGAUAAACAAUGAAGAAAUUAAAAACAAAUUAGAAAUGAUACUUGGUAUGCAUAGUUGAGCAAAUAUGACUGUAGAAGAUCAAAUGUAUAUAAUUAGUGCUAUAACAUAUUGGCAACGUUAGGAAAAAAAAUAGAUUUUAAAAAAACAUCAAACUUAAAAAUGACGAGAAAAAGAAAAAUUGAACCGCAAGCAAGAUUUAUUUAAAAAAAAAAAAAGUACCAAA